AUAGCAUUAGGCGCUCUGCAUUAAUUAGCUCUCUAUUUGUUUGUUCUGCUGCUUUAAUGGGUUACCUGUUAUAUUAGGAAAGCUGGAGAAAGCGAAAUACGGACAAAUACAUUUAGCUGAAUCAUUUAAUUUUAGGACCUAAUUUUGGCCUGGAAAAGAUUGAAACACAAAAAAUAAAAAAGUGCACCUUAAUAAAUUAUAUUUCCGCGUUUAAUAUAGCAUACCUCAUCAGUUAUUUAGGCUAUUUGCACUCUUUGCAAUACACUGAGCGUGAUAAAUGCUUUGAAACUUUAAAUAUUUAUAAGAAUAUCAUUAACUUAUUAACAAAUUUAUUAAAACUCUGAAUAUUUUUCAUUAUCAUUAUUGUUUCUUUAUAUUAGAAUUGGAUAAUGGAUAUUUCAUAUAUGAUUAUAAAUAUGUGAUAUUCAUUGCAGUAUUACUCCAUUCUGAACUGUUUUUCUUUUUCAAACAUGCACGUGAAUCUAAGGUGUCGAUGAGAAAUAUUACAAUAGAUCCACAAGGAUUCCAUGAGCAGAGUUGAGUCUACCUUAAAAAGUUUCUGGGCGUCACUAACUUCGUAGUCCUUAUGAGAACAGUCGAGCUAACAAUUCAGACUCCAAGCAGUUUGUUUCUUCAUGCAAAUGAGAGUGGUUUAAUUUCUGCACACAGGCCUAGCCAUGGCAAGUGAGGCCAGAGAUCCUUUACUGUUGGAAGAGCCUAUACUCAUUCUGGAGAAUGGGGAGGUGUACAGGAACCCAACUGAAGUUAAGAUGAGUCAGAUAGUCCUGCCUUGCCAUGCCAACCACUGUGGAGAACUCAGCGUCGGGCAACUGCUCAAGUGGAUGGACUCCACCGCCUGCCUUGCUGCUGAGAGACAUGCUGGUUGCUCCUGUAUCACUGCAUCAGUGGAUGACAUUCACUUUGAAACCACCAUAGGGGUUGGACAGGUUGUCAAUAUUAAAGCCAAAGUCAACAGAGCCUUCACGUCCAGCAUGGAGGUUGGGAUUUUGGUAAGCUGUGAAGAUCUUUUCAGUGACAGACAGUGGAAGGUGUGCCAUGCCUUUGCCACCUUUGUGGCCCGUCGUACCGAAGCAGGAAAGGUACAGCUGAAGCAGGUGAUUCCACGUACGCAGGCCGAGCAGAUGGAGUACAGCCUCGCAGCCGAGCGCAGGAGGAUGAGACUAAUCCAUGCAGAGAUAAUUAACGAUCUCCUCAACAGCUGCUCUUCACAGACAGAGAGUGAGUGUCUGGAUUACCAGGAUGCAGUGCCUGCUGAGCGGACUCGGGUUGAAAGUGUCGAGCUGGUGCUUCCACCUCAUGCCAAUCACCAGGUCAGCACUUUUGGUGGGCAAAUCAUGGCCUGGAUGGAGAAUGUAGCCACCAUCGCCGCCAGUCGUUUGUGUAAUGCUCACCCAACUUUACGGUCUAUAGACAUGUUCCACUUUCGUGGGCCCUCCCAUAUUGGAGACAGACUGGUGUUGAAGGCCAUCGUAAACAAUGCCUUUAAGAAAAGUAUGGAGGUGGGAGUGUGUGCUGAGGCCUAUCAGGGUGGAGAGCCACUGCGACACAUCAACACCGCCUUCAUGACCUUUGAGGUACUGGACAAUGACAGGAAGCCACGCUCGUUGCCAAGGAUACGACCUGAGCCUGUGGAUGGUAAGAGGCGCUACCAAGAAGCCAUAGCCAGAAAGAAAAUUCGCCUUGACAGGAAGUAUAUCAUCUCCUGCAAGCAAAGUGAGGUUCCUCUCUCUGUUCCCUGGGACCCAAGUAACCAGAUGUACCUCAGUUACAAUAAUGUUUCAGCACUGAAGAUGUUGGCUGCCCGUACUAACUGGGUCUUAACCUCAGAGAAAAACAAGGUCCGUUUAUACACAUUGGAGGAGAACCAGAUGUUGUGCUUUAAGGUGGAGACCCAUGUGGCCAUGGCAGCAGAGCACGUGUUUCUGUUACUGUCUGAUCUGAAACGGAGGAAGGAAUGGGACCACCACUACCAAGAGUGUGAAGUGAUAGCAGAGGCACAUGAAGAUGACACCAUCUACCGAGUUGUCACUCCCUCUGUGACUAAAGGGGGCAAUGUCCAGGACUUCAUUCUCCUGGCGUCCAAGAGGCACCCUUGUGAUUGGGGUGACCCUUAUUUGAUUGCCCUGCGUUCUGUUACCCUUCCCGCAUACCCUCCCACUGAAGACUACAACAGAGGAGAGGUUCUCUGUGCUGGGUUUAGUAUCUGGGAAGAGGAAAGCGCUUUCACCAAGAUUUCUUACUACAACCAGGCGACUCCUGGAGUGCUGCCCUAUAUCUCAACUGACAUCGCUGGGCUUUCAUCCAGCUUCUACCGCACAUUUGCCUCCUGUAGCACUUUCCUCGAGGAGAAUAAAGCAAGCCUGGCUUCCCUGCCCACCUCUGCCCUAGGAGAGAACUCUGGGUAAAUGGUGUUUUGGAUGAAGUUGACAUUCUCAGCUCUUUUGAAAUCAAAACAGUUUCUUUAAGAAAGGUUAGGGUCAAGAUUUUGCUAAGAGAGACUCAACAUCAACGAGGAUACCCUUUAGUAGAACUGGGAUAGCACAGACGUUUCUGUUUAAUUUCGAUAAAAGAUUUUAAAAGAUACAAUGAAUUGUAGGUACAUAAAACUUUGUGAUGGUAUCAAUUCAGAAAAGGCCUUGUCUGUUCAGGAGUUUUUUCUCCUGCUAAAAUACCAGAUGUAUCAAAAUAUAUAGAAACUUAUUUUGAAAUGUAGCCAUGAUGAGCAUUAUUAUUAUUAACAAAAAGGAGAUCAUAAUUCUCUUUUUUUUUUAAAGAAUUUUUACCUUCUUGUGUAGAAGCUAGAACUCAGGGUUAUGUGCAAUAAUGUAAAACCCUCUAUAGAUCUCAGUGCCAGGAGAGUAAGCUAGUAAAUUACUCAAUUACCUUAGUUCUCACAAUAAAACGAAUAAACUUCAAAUAGGCAGUAAGAUCAAUAUGUGGGUCUUCCUGUGAUAUGCACAGACAAAUUUGCAUAGAUUUUUUUGUGAUAGAGGUUACAUAUCUGCCUCUUUCUGUCAACAAUGUACUGAAUUUCACACUGCGGAACUAUGUUGGCCAGAACAUUGUUUUCAUUCUGAAAAUCUGGAUGAAGACAUGGCACAAUUGUUUGAUUGUUUGUAAAUCCUAUUACAUGUAGUAAGUUUGUGCAGCAUAUCUUUAUUUAUUCUCAAAAACAAUUACAUUAGAAAUUUCCUAUUAUGAAUGUUGACAAUAAACACAGUAAAAAUGUAAGGU